GACCAGGAAUUUCUCGAUUCUAUGCCCCUAUUUGUUUGUGUGAGAGGAUGGCUGAGAAAGAGUGAAUGAAUAACAUAAAAUAAACAAAACAGAGGAGAUAAGAUUGAUUUAGAUUCAAUGAACAAUAAACAACAGACAAAAAUCAACGUGUGCUCUCCUUCCAUCUCUUCUCCCCGUCAAACCACCUCUGUUUUCAGAUUCUAAAAUCUUGUUUCUGAUUCUGAUUCUUCCCAACACAUCCUCAAAAGUCAAAUACAAUGAGUUCCUCAAGCACAGUGAGGAAGCUACAGGUUUUGUCCCCUGUUCCUGCUGACAUAGACAUUGCUAACUCGGUUGAACCUGUUCACAUCUCCCAGAUUGCCAAAGACCUCAAUCUUAGUCCCAAUCACUAUGACCUUUACGGAAAAUAUAAGGCUAAGGUUUUGUUGUCUGUUCUUAAUGAACUGCAAGGAUCAGAAGAUGGGUAUUAUGUUGUGGUCGGAGGCAUUACUCCAACUCCUCUUGGAGAAGGUAAAUCUACUACUACAGUGGGACUCUGUCAAGCUUUAGGCGCUUUUCUUGAUAAAAAGGUAGUCACCUGCCUUCGUCAACCAUCACAAGGACCUACAUUUGGAAUCAAAGGAGGUGCGGCCGGUGGUGGUUAUAGCCAAGUGAUUCCCAUGGAUGAGUUCAAUCUUCACCUAACAGGAGAUAUUCAUGCAAUUACUGCAGCAAACAAUCUUCUAGCUGCUGCAAUUGACACCCGAAUUUUUCAUGAAUCAACGCAGUCAGAUAAGGCUCUUUUUAACCGGUUGUGCCCUCCAAAUAAAGAAGGAAAAAGGAGCUUUAGUGAUGUUAUGUUUAGGCGUCUUAAGAAGCUUGGUAUUUCAAAGAGUAAUCCAGAUGAUCUUACACCAGAAGAAGUAAAUAAAUUUGCUAGGCUUGAUAUUGACCCAGCUUCUAUUACCUGGAGGAGAGUAAUGGACAUCAAUGACCGGUUCUUGAGAAAAAUUACUAUUGGCCAGGGACCUGAUGAGAAAGGAAUGGUACGAGAAACUGGAUUUGAUAUUUCAGUUGCUAGUGAGAUAAUGGCUGUCUUGGCACUGACAACCUCCUUAGCUGAUAUGCGAGAGCGGCUUGGGAAGAUGGUUAUUGGAAAUAGCAAGAGUGGUGAUCCUGUAACUGCAGAUGAUCUAGGUGUUGGAGGUGCUUUGACAGUUUUAAUGAAGGAUGCCAUUCACCCUACCCUUAUGCAGACUCUGGAAGGAACCCCUGUUCUUGUUCAUGCAGGUCCAUUUGCAAAUAUUGCUCAUGGAAAUUCCUCUAUUGUGGCUGAUAAGAUUGCACUGAAGUUGGUUGGACCAGGUGGAUUUGUAGUUACCGAAGCUGGUUUUGGUGCUGAUAUUGGAACUGAAAAGUUUAUGAAUAUUAAGUGUCGAUACAGUGGCUUGAAACCCCAGUGUGCAAUUAUUGUGGCAACAAUCAGGGCACUAAAAAUGCAUGGUGGAGGGCCAGCAGUUGUUGCAGGAAAACCGCUUGACCAUGCAUAUUUGACUGAAAAUGUUGCCCUGGUUGAGGCUGGGUGUGUGAAUAUGGCACGGCAUAUAUCAAAUACAAAAUCUUAUGGUGUAAAUGUUAUAGUUGCUAUCAACAAGUUUUCAACUGACACCGAAGCUGAGCUAAAUGCAGUUAAAAAUGCUGCUUUAGCUGCUGGGGCUUAUGAUGCUGUAAUUUGUAGCCAUCAUGCCCAUGGUGGCAGAGGAGCUGUUGACCUGGGGAUUGCAGUUCAAAAAGCUUGUGAGAAUGUGGCACAGCCAUUGAAGUUCCUCUAUCCUCUGGAUCUGAUUAUAAAAGAGAAAAUAGAAGCAAUAGCAAAGUCAUAUGGAGCCAGUGGCGUUGAGUACUCCGAGCAGGCUGAGAAGCAGAUUGAGAUGUAUAGCAAGCAAGGAUUUUCAGGUCUUCCUAUCUGCAUGGCUAAGACUCAGUAUUCUUUCUCAGACAACGCUGCUGCAAAGGGAGCUCCAUCUGGGUUUGUCUUACCCAUAAGGGAUGUUAGAGCGAGUAUAGGUGCUGGAUUUAUUUAUCCUUUAGUUGGAACAAUGAGUACGAUGCCAGGGCUUCCAACAAGGCCAUGUUUCUAUGACAUUGAUCUUGAUACAACAACUGGAAAAGUCAUUGGUCUCUCUUAAACUUUCAAGUGGCUCUGCCUCUGUCACGUACAAAAGGUUUAUGGAUAUGCCAUUUACAUAUCCCUUUGUGAAGUUCAUGAAUGUCACAGUAACAUACUCCUCGUUGAUGUUUUCUUCUUGUUUGUUUGAGUGGAUGGUCUGUAUGAAUUAAAUAAGAGUUUAAGGAAAAAUUACAUCAUUUUCCUUGUAUCUAUUUAUCUAUGCAUGCGUUAGGAUACAGUAUGGACCUGCUACAGAUACGAAAAACAGUAAAUUUUUAAAAUUGAAGGAUCGAGUACGUAAUGUAAUGUUUAAAUAAUAUAAAUAUUAAUGGAUUGUUG